CAUCUCCGUACUGCGCCUAUUGAUUCUCAUCUUGGUCUUGAUUCCUACUCGACAUAGUUUUUGUGUAUCGGCAGAAAUGGCGAGUCAGACCCAGGGGAUCCAGCAAUUGUUGGCUGCUGAGAAGAGGGCGGCAGAGAAAGUCUCAGAGGCGAGAAAGCGGAAAGCGAAACGCCUAAAGCAGGCUAAGGACGAGGCCCAGGAUGAGGUGGAGAAGUACAGACAGGAGCGCGAGAGGCAGUUCAAAGAGUUCGAGGCCAAGCACAUGGGCACUCGGGAGGGAGUGGCGGCCAAGAUCGACGCCGAGACGCGGGUCAAAAUCGACGAGAUGAACAAAAUGGUCAAGGCUCAGCAGGAUGCGGUGAUCCAAGAUAUCCUAAACCUGGUGUACGACAUUAAACCAGAGCUGCACGUCAACUACCGUGCCAAGUAGGCCGCUUAAAUUAUCGCAUAAACUAUUAUUACUACGAGCUAACAGUUAACCGCCAUUUUCCCAGACAGCCGCCAUCUGGCAGCUGUCAAACCGCCAUCUUGAAUCAUCGUCAAAAUGGCCGCUGUAUAUAAAUCUUGGGUUUAUUGAAAAUAUUUGAACUUUAGCCUUUGGAAUCAGCUCGAUAUCAUUCCAUGAAAUAUAUUCGGAGAUCCGCUACGAACUUCCCAUGUUCAAUGUUGUAUGUUAUUUAGAAAUAUAUAAUGUUACAUUUAAUGGAUUUUUGAUUUUUGUGUAGUGGAAUGGAAACUGGCCUGUACAGUAUUAGAGCAAAUAUAUUGAUUUACGUUUA